GUUCUUUACUUUCUGUUUAUCAAUGGACAGACAGAGAUAGACUCGCAAGAUCGCAUACGAAAUUCAUUCUCAAAAUAUUGUCAAUAUGUCGACCACAAAGUCAGCUACGAAGACAAGCACAAAGUCGAAGGAGAAGUCUGAUAAAUCAGACAAGGCGAAAACUCAUAAGCUCUCGCUGAAAGGUAUGCAAACGCUCAUGGAAUUCAGUCGCAGUGUUAAUAAUUUAUAGGUUCUUCGAAACUUGUUGCGGAAUUCGUGAGUGCUGGUUCUAUUUAGAUCUUAGAGAAAUACUAAUCUGCGCAGUUUCAAUACUCAAUAAACACAAUUCUGUAAGUAUCACAUCAUAUACCAGUUGCCUACGAAUCACUAACAAGUCCAUAGCUUUCAACGAGGUGUAUACCCCGCCGAAGACUUCUCAGCGUUUGUCCAUCCUGUUUACCUCAUAGUCCACAAACAUUUCAACUAACUAUUCUUCUUCCAGCGUCAAGAAAUAUGGCCUCACAAUGCUUGGUUCGUUUUCUCACAACCUCAUCCCAUUCCAACCUCUCACUCUCUCCAUCCGCUAUAUCUUAAUUCAUAACUAACUCAUCCUUACCAGUUUCCUCCGACGACCAAGUCAAAGCUUACAUCAAGAAGAUCAUGUCACAACUCGACAAAUGGAUGAUAAACGGAAAGAUCACCAAACUGAUCGUCGUAAUCACCUCAAAAGAAACAGGCGAAGAUGUCGAACGUUGGCAAUUCGAUGUAGAAAUCUUCAACAAACCUUCUAAAAAAUCAUCCAAAUCCAAAUCUUCAACUACCCCCUCCACAUCCGAAAAUGCACCUACCGAGAAGGAAGCAACAGUAGCCGCACCUGAAAAAACAGAAGCAGAAAUUCAAUUGGAGAUUCAAUCAAUAUUCAGACAAAUUACAGCUAGUGUGACAUUUUUGCCAGAGUUGGAUGGAGCAUGCACAUUUAAUGUUCUGGUAUAUGCGGAUGCGGAUAGUGAGGUUCCAAUGGAAUGGGGAGAUAGUGAUGCGAGAGAAAUUGUAAAUGGAGAGAAAGUACAGUUGAGGAGUUUCAGUACGGCUAAUCAUAAGGUUGGAACUAUGGUUAGUUAUAAAGUAUUAGAAUAAUGAAGGAGGGAUUGGGAAGGAGUUGGUUUUGUUAUAUGGAUGGAUGGAUGGAGUGAUAGGCUUCGAAUUUCGGUUGUGGGUAUUGCGUGGUAUGAUAGGUAUCUGUAAAGUUAUGGAUGAUUUGGAGAUGAUACAUAGGAUAGCAAGGACUAUCAUUCUCCUUCUUUUUCGCUAAUGGAGGAAGAUUUUUCGGAUGUAUGAAUAUGGGAUUAGGCUAUGGAUAUGAUGAAUAAAUCUUUUAAGAU